GCCAGAGCGAGAACUACAACUCCCAGGGUGCCGCGGGAAGUAGCGGGCAGGGCGCCGGCGGAGGGCGGGGGGUACGAAAGGGAACCUGCCGCCGGUGCUGCCGGAGCUUGUUUCCCUCAGGUUUAUUGUGAAACAGUUCCAGCGUCAAUGAGAAAUUAGCUGUAAACCACAUACCACAACUGUUCAGUGUUACCAAAGGAAGAUGCAGUGUGCUAGUGUGUACCUCUGAAGGAGCUGAUCCUGGGUGUGGAACAGUCUCUGCAUGGCCCAGUUUGGAGCAGACUGAUAAGGCUCCUUGUCUCUUAGCAACCACAGUCUGCCAUAGCCAGAAACCUGCCCCUUUGCAGCUGGAGGGAAAAUACUGAAUGUCUCAAAUUUGUAUCUUGAACCAAGACCGGUGUAUUUCCUGGGCAUGGAGGUGCCAUAUGUCCUUCUCUUAACUAGACUCGUAGCAGAAGUUGUCAGCAAAUCUACUGAAAGUUCGGUUUCAGAAACAGAAUGCUGUGUGGAUAUGUUGGAUUCAAACAGUUCCUGUCCAGUAACCAACCAGUGCAGUCCAGGUUGUUACAGACGAUGGAAUGAGGACGGUAGUAGCAGCUGCAUUAAAUGCAAAAAUGAAACCCUCCCUGUUUCAUCUGUUUACAACCUGACUGAAUGCAGAAAUACUGGUAUCAGAGGAAUGAAUUUCCAAAUGAAUAUCAGCACCGUAACUCCUUUCAUACAUAACAUCGGGGGCCCAGAAGUGGCAGCAUCUCUCAUCUUAGGGACAUUUUUCAUCAGUUUAUUCCUGAUUCUGUCUGUUGCUUCUUUCUUCUACCUCAAACGUGCCAAUAAACUUCCUAAUGUUUUCUACAGAAGGAACAAAGCAUCUGUUCUCCAGCCUAGUGAAACAGCGUCCAUGAUACCUCCCCCAGCUUCUUCAGUUCGGAAGCCGCGCUAUGUCAGACGAGAACGGUCACUAGUGACGUCUGCAUCUGCUGCUAUGAUCUCUUCUUCCGAAACCAGGGUCAGCAAUGUUUAGCCUUCAUUCUUGACUGAGGACUUUCUAAGUGUACACAGUGUCGAAGAAACUUUUUUCUGAAUCCACUGAAGUGCCAGGAAAACCAUCGCAAGCAGCUGACCUAAAUGGAAAUCCAAUUACUGUGUCAAAGGGUUUGUGCCAAAUGUUAACAGAGAAAUGAACUCACACAAAGAUACUGCUCAGGCUCCAUCCAGUUUGGUGAACUGCUUUGGUGGUCUUUGAAAUGCACUAUUCCAGCUCUGUGGUUUCAUUUCUCUCCUACAGAUGCUGUGUUUUAAAAUCUUUAAAGAAUUUACCUUUCUUUGGUACACUUUUCCAUUUUGGCAAGUUCUUCUUCCUGUGUUGUGAUGUGUUCUGUGUCCCCAGAGCUGAAUGUCUCAGUGCUGCCGGCCGACAGAAACACUGGGAUUACUCAAGGAUGUGGACUUGUUUGAAGGACCCACUUGUCAAUGCUAACACUAAGUGCCACUGCUUUACCUUUGUAGGAGAAUAUAACAAUACUUAACAUGCAGUAUCCUUCUGAAGCAAAAAAAAAAAAAAAAAUGAUGCCUCCUGGAGCAUCCUCUUCAGCCUAUGACAUAGCUGGCCCUGGUUUUUAACUGUGAAUAUAGAUCCACUCUCCAGAUCCUGUUGUUUUUGGUGCUUUGGAAGGCUGUGGUCAGUAAGGGUCCAAUCCCAAGUUGGGGGAAUUUGUUGGGAAGCUUUUCCAAUCGACUCCAGCUCAGUCCUUGGACAAAGAGCCACUUGCUGUGGCUUUGUAACUGAUAGGCUGCUAUGUCUGUCCUGCAAAGACUGUCUCCACUAAUUUUCUUCCCUUAACACAGAAGUGGAAGGGAAACCAAAGUUCUUGCAGGGUGGCUGUGCAGCCAUUAGACGAGUCAGUGAGUCUUGAGACGAACUGGAGAGGUCAGGUGAACUUCUGCCAAUGCAAUAAGGGGUUUCUUUGGUCAAGCCCUUCGUUAAUUUGCCUGAUGUCUGCAGGCCAGCACCUUAUGACAGAGCUUGUUGAAAGUGCCAGCCUAGAGAGCUCCUGCUCUCAGAUGUUUUGUUCUUGCCCGUCUGAUGCCAGCUGUGUGGCUCAGGACUCACUUGAUCAGGAAGUUAAAGUAGCUGUAAAAGAAGGUGUUUUUUUUUUUUUCCUGGCAUGGUUGACUCUGUUGCCAUGUGAACAUAUAAAUCAGCAUAAUGGGCACAGUGGUACGGGCAUAGGAGUGGGUGACUGGGAAAAAAGUGAAAAACCUGAGGUUGCUAAAUUGGUCGAAGUGUCACUGUCACCAUCUGUGAAAUGAUAACUAUGCAGCUUGUGCAUUCCCACCUACCUGUGUUGCUGUUGCCUGUUUUGGUUUAGCUGGCACUCCGGUAUGGGUCUGUGCUCCUAAAAUAAAUUACUUGGAAGCUCUUCAUCAGCAUCCACUGGCAUGAACAUAAACUGGAACAGUCGGUUCUCUUUUUCAGGAAAAUGUGAACAGAACUGUCUUGAGCUGACAUGACACCCAUAUGGAGAGUCCAAACCUUGUCAUCCAGAUUCCCUUUUCUCUGUGGUUUGAAGCUUGUUCAAAGCUAAAAGAUGAGAACAGGGAUGGGAGGAGAUAUAUUUAUCUUAUUGAAUAGACCUGGGUUUAUGUAAGUUUCAGUGGAGUUGUAUUUACUUUUAUCUCUCUCCUUACAAGGUAAUGAGAUCCCAUGUAGCAUCCAAGCAAGGUAGGACAAAGAUUGGGGGUAAAGAACAAAUCAUGAGAGGCCCCUGUGCCAGAAAAAGAGCCUGAAUUGCUGUAUGGAGGAAUGUAAGAUUCUACCACAAUGAUACAUAAAAUUUUUGUUCUAUUGGACAAAACUAAAGACAGCAGGAGCUGCCACUUUGAGACCCUUCAGCUUCCGAUACGAAGUGUGCUUUAGAGUUUGUAUGUUCCAAGUUCAGGAGGCGGCAGUUUUGUUUCUGUCAUUUUGAUGUCUUUUCCUCUUUGUGCUGCUGUGAUUUUCCACAGAUAGAAAUCAUGUCUGGAGGUCAUAGGUUGUUUUUUUCCUGAACUUAGUUGCUGAAUAGUUUCCUAACUGCUAAGGAAAAGGAGUAACUAUGCAAAUAAUGCCAAGAAACUGCACCUUUGAAAGCAGGGAGUCUCUGCUUGCAAAUCUGUCAAUGAUAGUGCGUUCUUGUAUUGCUUAGUUGCUAAUGUAUUCUUUCUACACAGAAAUUAUUGAAGGAUCGUUCAUGUCGCUUUACUGUCUGAACCCUGUCUUAUCCUCAAAUGCAUAUUGUAACUUAGUUUAAUGUCAAGCAUCUAAUGCUCUAACUUCUGUGCCGUCAAGUUUUCCUCCAUGAUAACAUCUCUCUUCACUUUCCCAUAUUCUCCAUCCUGUCGUCGCCCCCAACCCCGAGCAGACUCUUUUAAAUGCAGCAGAUAUUUUUACUAUUUCUUUUGUGUUUCAGGAACUGUUCAGCUUUUGUUAUUGCUGUCUGACGCAGUGGACUCCUGGUCUAAACAGUUUCUCACUCGUUUGCACUGUCAAAUGAAAUAUAUAAUGUGGUGUUUUGGUUUCCAUCUCCCUUCAAAGUAAUAAUGCAGACCUAUAUAUAUUUUAAAUAAUUGGCUUUAAUGAACCCUGAUAUUUAAUGUAUUUGUAUAUUUUUAAAUUGUGCCAAAAUAAACAUAUUUGAGCUUUUUUUUUUUUUAAUGAC